AGAGGCAGGGGAGUCACGAUGUCCAGUAGCCGCCAGGCCGGCUCUGGCUCCGCUGGGACGAGCCCCGGCUCCUCGGCGGCCUCCUCGGUCACUUCCGCCUCCUCGUCCUUAUCCUCGUCCCCGUCGCCUCCUUCGGUGGCUACCCAGGCGGCCUCGCUGGUGUCCGGCGGCGCGGUCCAGGCCGCGGGCUCGGGCGGCCUCGGGGGCUCGGGGAGGCCUGUGCUGGUGGCGGCCGCCGCGUCGGGCAGCAGCGGCGGCGGCGGGGCGGUGUCGGCGGGCCUGUCCCGGCUGAGCUGCGCGGCCAGGCCCAGCGCCGGCGUAGGAGGGAGCACUUCCAGCCUGGGCAGCGGCAGCAGAAAGCGACCUCUGCUCGCCCCGCUCUGCAACGGGCUCAUCAACUCCUACGAGGACAAAAGCAACGACUUCGUCUGCCCCAUCUGUUUUGAUAUGAUUGAGGAAGCAUACAUGACUAAAUGUGGCCACAGCUUUUGCUACAAGUGUAUUCAUCAGAGUUUGGAGGACAAUAAUAGAUGUCCCAAGUGUAACUAUGUUGUGGACAAUAUUGACCAUCUCUAUCCUAAUUUCUUGGUGAAUGAACUCAUUCUCAAACAGAAGCAAAGAUUUGAGGAAAAGAGGUUCAAAUUGGACCACUCAGUGAGUAGCACCAAUGGCCACAGGUGGCAAAUAUUUCAAGAUCUGCUGGGAACUGAUCAAGAUAACCUUGACUUGGCCAAUGUCAACCUUAUGUUGGAGUUACUAGUACAAAAGAAGAAACAACUGGAAGCAGAAUCACAUGCAGCCCAGUUACAGAUCCUGAUGGAAUUCCUCAAGGUUGCCAGGAGAAAUAAAAGAGAGCAAUUGGAACAGAUCCAGAAGGAAUUAAAUGUUUUAGAAGAGGAUAUUAAAAGAGUGGAAGAAAUGAGUGGCUUAUACUCUCCUGUCAGUGAAGACAGCACAGUGCCUCAGUUUGAAGCUCCUUCUCCAUCACAUAGUAGUAUUAUUGAUUCCACAGAAUACAGUCAACCUACCGGUUUUAGUGGCAGUUCUCAGACAAAGAAGCAGCCUUGGUAUAAUAGCACAUUAGCAUCAAGACGAAAACGACUCACUGCUCAUUUUGAAGAUUUAGAGCAGUGUUACUUUUCUACAAGGAUGUCUCGUAUCUCAGAUGAUACUCGAACUGCAAGCCAGUUAGAUGAAUUUCAGGAAUGCUUGUCCAAGUUUACUCGAUAUAAUUCAGUACGACCUUUGGCCACAUUGUCAUAUGCUAGUGAUCUGUAUAAUGGUUCUAGCAUAGUCUCUAGUAUUGAAUUUGACCGGGAUUGUGACUAUUUUGCAAUUGCUGGAGUUACAAAGAAGAUUAAAGUCUAUGAAUAUGGCACAGUCAUCCAGGAUGCAGUGGAUAUUCAUUACCCUGAGAAUGAAAUGACCUGCAAUUCCAAAAUCAGCUGUAUCAGUUGGAGUAGUUACCAUAAGAACCUAUUAGCUAGCAGUGAUUAUGAAGGCACUGUUAUACUAUGGGAUGGAUUUACAGGACAGAGGUCCAAAGUCUAUCAGGAGCAUGAGAAGAGGUGUUGGAGUGUUGACUUUAACUUGAUGGAUCCUAAACUUUUGGCUUCAGGUUCUGACGAUGCAAAAGUGAAGCUGUGGUCUACCAACUUAGACAAUUCAGUGGCAAGCAUUGAAGCAAAGGCUAAUGUGUGCUGUGUGAAAUUCAGCCCUUCUUCCAGAUAUCAUUUGGCUUUUGGCUGUGCAGAUCACUGUGUCCACUACUAUGAUCUUCGUAACACUAAACAGCCAAUCAUGGUCUUUAAGGGUCACCGAAAAGCAGUCUCUUACGCAAAGUUUGUGAGUGGUGAGGAAAUUGUCUCUGCCUCAACAGACAGCCAGCUAAAACUGUGGAAUGUAGGGAAACCAUACUGUCUGCGUUCCUUCAAGGGUCAUAUCAAUGAGAAAAACUUUGUAGGUCUUGCUUCCAAUGGAGAUUAUAUAGCUUGUGGAAGUGAAAACAACUCCCUCUACCUGUACUAUAAAGGACUUUCUAAGACUUUGUUAACUUUUAAGUUUGAUACAGUCAAAAGUGUGCUGGACAAAGACAGAAAAGAAGAUGAUACAAAUGAAUUUGUUAGUGCUGUGUGCUGGAGGGCACUACCAGAUGGGGAUUCCAAUGUGCUGAUUGCUGCUAACAGUCAGGGUACAAUUAAGGUGCUAGAGUUGGUGUGAAGGGUUUACUGAAGCCUAAUUGUGCUUGCUCCUCCUGAAACACACCUGCAGCUGGUAAUGAGAGAAAGAAAGAAGUUUCAUUUGAUAUAUUUGCAAGGUCAUCAUGGAUUUUGGAUUUGUUUUGAGUACUUUUUCCUCUUUUUCCUCCUUUAUGACCUUUGGGACAUUGGGAAUGUCGAGUGAAAACUCUGCCGUUAAUGGAACUCCAUGAACUUUGCUGCUCUUGUGGUGUGGCUAUCUAAUUUUUGUGAUAGGGAAAUAAAUUCUUUUGAAUAAAAACAAAUAACUAAAAAUAAUAAAAGUUUAUUGAGCCACAACUGA